UACACCCCACCCCCUCUGUCAAAAGCCACACCCCCAGGAACGCCCCUGCAGUGAGGAGCAUUCACCAGGGCAGAGUAUGAAAGGCGUCAGCAGCUGAAGAUAAUGGCUGAUCUAGAGAAAGUCCUCAAACAGAAACCAGGAAAGCAUAGUGGCAAAAAACAACAUGCACGCAAACCGCACAACAACCAUGAGUUAAAUCACACACGCUCACAGGGGAAAAACAACAGUCGUUCAGAGUCGCCCUCAAAGGUGAUGUCAUCAGGGCAACUGGCCAAUCAGAAUGGGGAAAAAGACUGGGAACAUGUCUCCAACGCCUCUUCUCCAGCCUCACUCUCAGAAUACACAGGUCCUACAUUAUUUAAGGAACCCAGUUUUAAAUCCAACAAGUUCAUCAUUUACAACGCGCUCUCACGCUGCUGCCUUGCUGGCAAAGUCAAUGAAUCCCAGAAAAACAAGAUCAUAGAUGAGAUGGAGAAGAGCUCCGCCAGUCACUUCCUGAUUCUCCUGCGUGACUCCAACUGUCAGUUCCGUGCUAUCUGCACCCGAGACGGCCAAUCGGAGGAGCUGCAUCGACUCUGUGGCGUCGGCCCGCGUGCCAUUUCCUCGUCAGCCGUGGAGGCCAUUUAUAAAUACAGCUCAGACAGGAAACAGUUCAAUACACUUCCAUCUCGUACCUUGAGCAUGAGCGCCGACGCUUUCACUAUCCCCGCCCAUCUCUGGCACACUAAGAAACAUGGUACGCCUAAAAAAGUAGCCACACCCAAAUAGACUCCGCCUACUCAAAAUAAACCACUCCUGCUGCGAUAAACUGCACCCACCUAAAUAAGCCACUCCUACUGGAAUAAACUGGAGUGGACUCCGCCCACUCAAAGAAACCAUUCCUACUAAGAUAAGCCCCUCCUACCCACACAAGUAACCCCACCCACUCAAAAGAACCACACCUUCCAAGGUAAUAAGCUCCUCUGGAUAAGCUCCUCCAACCAAUAAUAAACCCUCAAAUAAAUCCACUAUAUGUGCUAGUCCUCUAAAUAAAAAUCUUACCAGCACACACCAUAAACUCUCUAUAAUGAAGCAAAUCAAGUUUACGGUUUAUGAUCAAGCAGAAGGAUCUUCUCAUGUUUUCUGAUUCUGCAUGAAGACAGACGAGCCCUGAAGUUUUCACGCUACUAAAGACUGAGGAAACCACACGUCCUGGUUGCAUGUGAAUGUUUGGUUCAGUCUAAAUAUCUCUCAAUGGUCACACCAACUGAGCACUUGAAGUGUUUCUCUGAUUCUUAUGAUCUAUAUUCCCUACCGUAAUAAAUACAAACUUUUGAAUCUCAGUCUACCAGUGCUGUAGUUUUGGUGAGAAUCACUGCUGGGUUUCACUAUCUAGUCUCCGUCUGGCUAGAUGAUUUUAGGAGAUCUCCUGCUGUGAACACUUACUCUCUUUUAUAUUUCA